AUUAACUUACACACUCCAGCUACAGAAGCAACAAUCCUUACGAAAAGCCUGAAACAAAAACCCGUUUCUUUUUGUGGAGGUGGAGGUGAUGCUUGCUGAGGUUGGCCAUCGUUGCCCAAACUUUUGUACGUAUCCGCCAUCUUAAAGUAUGAAAAAAACAGCAAUCAAGAAGAACUUUCGCCUCUGCCAGCUUGUCCAAUAUUUUUUGAUGACGUCAUCAAGAGCAGAAGUGAUACUUGAAAAAAAUAUUGCCUGUCGUCUUCACCAAUUUUACGAAAUGGGUACCCCCAUCAAAGAUGUAACUUUAAAACCAACAGCGCCAAAGGAACUCCUCUUGGACAAACAUAUUGAAUACAUAGCCAAGUAUGGCUCUAAGAAAGAUGAUUAUGAGUAUGUGAUGACUGAAUACCUAAGGAUGAGUGGCAUGUACUGGGGUAUCACUGUCAUGGAUCUGAUGGGUCAGCUUGACCGAAUGGACAAACAGGAGAUCAUUGAAUUCAUCGUCAGCUGCCAGCAUGAAUGUGGAGGAUUUGGUGCCAGUGUUGGGCACGACCCCCAUCUUCUCUACACCUUAAGUGCAAUACAGAUUUUAGCCAUUUAUGAUGCCCUUGAUGUCAUUGAUGUUGAUAAGGUUGUUGAGUAUGUUACAACACUGCAACAAGAUGAUGGGUCAUUUGCAGGGGACAAGUGGGGUGAGGUGGACACCAGAUUUUCCUUUUGUGCGGUAGCAACAUUGUCAUUAAUGAAAAGAUUAGAAGCCUUGCCUAACAUGGAGAAAGCAGUACAAUUUGUUGUAUCCUGUAUGAACUUUGAUGGAGGUUUUGGGGUCAGACCGGGGUCGGAGUCACAUUCUGGUCAGAUCUACUGUUGUGUGGGGUUUCUAUCUGUUACAAGCAACCUUCAUUAUGUUAAUGCUGAUCUACUAGGCUGGUGGCUGUGUGAAAGACAACUCCCAUCUGGUGGUCUGAAUGGUCGGCCUGAGAAGCUCCCAGAUGUAUGUUAUUCAUGGUGGGUCUUGGCAUCACUAAAGAUUAUCAAUAGAUUACAUUGGAUAGAUAGUAAGAAACUUAUAGGAUUUAUUCUGGCUUGCCAAGAUGAUGAGACGGGAGGCUUUGCAGACCGGCCUGGUGACAUGGUUGACCCAUUCCAUACCCUCUUUGGUAUCGCUGGUCUCUCUCUUCUUGGGAGCUACUCAGAGAAGAUCAAACCAGUCAACCCAGUCUUCUGUAUGCCUGAAUACAUCUUAGAAAGGAUAGGUGUCACUCCGCAAAUCUCAUGAGACAUUCCGCCCUCUAUCCUCGCUUUUACACAGGAGUGAAAAUCUCAGUAUGGAAGGCUGAUUGAUUUGAAAUGCCAAGUCUAGUUUUGGUAAGAACUUAUAAAGAAAAUCACUAAUUUGCCACUUGGCCUACAUCUGCUUUGUCCUCUUUCUGUUUUGUUCUCAUAUCACAUGGUCUAAUCCUAGUUGCUCUAUAAUCUGUUCAUCUACUAAUCAUUUGGUCUAAUCUCCAUUUAGCCCAGUUACCAUUUUAUCUAAUUUAAUAUAUAAUCCACUUGUUCUAACACCACUAGUCUACAUUGUUUGGUAAUCUGUUCAUACCAGGUUGUCGUUUGACAAAAAAAAAAAUUAUUUGUCGACAAAUUGAAAAUUUAUUCAGCUUGGCAUUAGACUAAAUGAGAAUUAGACUAAUAAAGUGGGUAUGGUUUAUUUCCAAUUCGUCUAAUACCAAUUAGUCCAAUAGCCAACUCGUCUACCACCAUUUGGUCUAUCAUCAGUUCGUCUACUCACCACAUGGUCUACUUUCAUUUAGUCUACUGCCAUUCCGUCUAAUAACCAUUUGGUCCAAUAGCCAUUUAGUCCAUAUACCAUUUGGUCUAAUGAAACUAAAGUGUUAAUUGUGCAAAAUGAAUGAAAAGAAAGUGGGUAUUAGACCAACUGGUUAUUAGACGAAAUGGUAAUAGACAAAAUGGUGAUUAGACGAAGUGAUAAUUGGACCAAAUGGUUGUUAGACGAAAUGUUGAUGGACGGAAUGGCAUUAGACUAAAUGAAGGUAGACCAUGUGGUGAGAGGACGAGUUGGCAUUGGAAGAAUUGGAAAUUUACCGUGGGUAUUAGGCCAAGCAUAGUGUAGACCAAAUGGCAAUUAGACCACAUUGAUAGUAGACCAAAUGGGUUUAGCCAAUGUGGUAUUAGACAGUCAAUGAAGUCGAUCAAUUUCUUAAAGACGAAGUGAAACAUACAUGUAAGCCAGUGGGUCAAGGGUUUAUAUCUGUUCAGAUAUUUAUAGUUUUGAUGAUGUUGGAAGGACAGUUUUACUUGAAAGCUCUUAUAGCCAAUCAGCUUUUCACAUGAUCAAUGUUACCUAGGGACAGUGAUUUUCCGUUUUACCAGUAAAUAAAACGGAAAUUCCGUUUGGUUCUCACACUUUUCAUGUAAAAAUUCAUGGAAUUCACCUUUGCAAAACGGAAUUCAGGUUUUUGUUGUGUACAUUUUCAGUGACAAAACGGAAUUAAAAUUUCCAUUUUCAGAUCAACUUGAAACGGAAUUACAGAUUUUCAGAAACGGAAAAGACCAUUUUUGAAACGGAAAAUCACUGUCUCUAAUUACCCCUGUGUAAAAGCAAGGUAGUAUAUAUUUAUAUGUAUUUAUAAGAUUCUGUAUUUAUGAACUUGAAAUUUAUCCCACUGUCUGUGCACCUGUGUUAAAUGAUACCAUACUACUUGUACUUGUCAUUUCUUGUGGCGGGGGUGUGGUGUAGUGGAUGUGUCUACAAACUACCAUUUGCAAGGUACAGUGUUCAAAUCCCAUCUCAACGUUAGUGUCCUUUAGCAAGAUAUAUACCAACAUUUGCCAUUUUCCACUCUAUUUAUUUCAAGAUGUUAAUUUCACAUGAUACUAUGCACAUAGAACAGAUGGAAAGCUGAAUGUAUACAUUUACAUUGGUAUACAUUAUGGAUGUGAAGGAAUAUCAAAAUACCUGGUGGGUGUUUCAUAAAACUGUUUGUAAAGUUACGCACAACUUUAUGAACGACUGGAACAUGAUCUUAGGUUCUAACUCAAUUACAUAGGGAUAUAUCACUUGGCAUGAGGAAUGGUUACCAGUCGUGUGUAAAGUCAUUUAUAUCUUUUGAACAGCUUUAUGAAACACCCACCCGUUUAACAUAAUUUUACAAUUAAGUCAUGAAGAUUCAACUGAUUUUUUUUUUAAAGAAAUUGUUUGAAUAUACAUGAUAGGAAAAUAUACUGUAAAUGCAGAAAUGUAGAAACCUCAAUAAUGAUGAAGAAGAUCAAUAAUAAAAGGUGUUGUUCUCUGUUUAAACUGAGAGGUCUUGCAUUUAUAUUUAGUUCUUUGUUUGUUACGUAUGACAUGCCAAUAAUUUUUAUUUCGGGUCUGGGAGUCUUUAUAUAUGUAGUAUGGAUGUUUAUGUAAAGAAAGAGCAAAAACUAUGCAUAAUAUUUCAAGUCUUUUUGUAAUAUUAAUGGAUACCCAGUAGGAUGGAAGUGUUAUUGUGUAUAAAAUUUGGUGGUGCUAUUUUGCAGGAGCCAGGCAGGAAAUACUCCCCAGGGAGUGGGAAUAUGAUCUUCAUUUUGAUGAAUCCUAAUAUUCAUCUGCAGGCUGUUUUGUUGUACAGUGAUUUGCCGGGGCGAUUCAUGAACUUUUGUCAUUAGGGUCCCCCUUAAGACAAAGGUUAAUUUGAAAGGACAAUUCUGAUUGGUUCCAAGUCAGUCUAAUGAGCAGAAUGCGCAUGCAACAAUGAUUGUGAUUGGUCAUUGGUAUUUAAUGAUUAAUCAUUAACCUUUGUGUUAAGGAGCCCUGGGGAGUGUUUCAUGAAAGGAAUUGUCAGGUGUUUUAUCCGACAAGUCCCAUUUUAUCUGACAGUUGCGAAAGGAACUGUGCCUCUCAGCCAAUCAAAAUCAAGGAAAGUUGUCAGAUCUGAUCAAAAUGUUGAUGAAAUGCUCCCCUGAAAGAUGUCAGAUCUGACAAAUCUCAUUGCAUUUGCUUGGUUGAGUAGCACAGGCAUCUGGCAGUUACAAUGGCAACUAUCAAAUAAUGACAAGUUGUCAUUGAAUGGCCCCCUGAUAAGUGCCUCAUUACCCAACAACUCAUCCUUGAAUUUGAUAAGCUGGGAAUGUGUCAAUUGGGGCAUUGCAAGAAAAUUGUUAUUAUUUGCAAGAAACUUGCGAUCAAUUGCAAGUCUUUUUGGGGUCCCAAAAUCAAUCAUAUGUCUUGCAAUUAAUUUCAAAUUUGCUUUCGAUUGCUGAUCUGCUCUUUGCAACAAAGAAUGUGAAUUAAUUACCUACAGCUCAUGUAUCAAUUGUUAAAUUGCAAGGGAAUAUUUGCAAAUAAUUUUCAAUCGAUUGCAAAUAUUUUCUUACAAUACUCCCUUUGAAUGUUACUUUGGUAACCGUCAGACAGUGCCAAUUUAUUGUCAGUGUUGACAAGCUAUAUGGAUUAACCCAGUGGAGCGUUUUAUAAAGAACUCUAUCCGAAAGUUACUUUCAUAGAUAUUGUUUCUCAGCCAAUGAAAACCAAGGAAAGUUUUCAAAUCUGACAUCUUUUCAGAAGAAAAAUGUUGAUGAAAUGCCCAGAGUUUUUAUUUUUGUUGUCUAACUUCUUUUUUGAUUUAUAGUGGCUGAAGCACACAUGUGCCUAUCUGUUACUAUGGUAACUAUCGCUUAAAACAUUCUUUUUUAAUAAAACUAGUGCUUUCAUUUCCUAUCAUUUCAUAACAUUAAAGCUUAGCGAUUGCUCUUGGGGCUGGUUUUUCACAUUUGAUCAAACAUGUACAUAAUAAUGUAAUCGAUAAUAGAAAUCAGCUCCACAACCAGUUGUUAAGGCUAUAUUAUGUGGCCCAGAACCAUUUGUGAAACCACCUCCAUUGCCCUUGUUCCAAUGUUAAUAGAUGUGUCUUUAAUUUGAUUUAAAUAUUUAUUUUUCUGGAAGGGAUAUGAACAUAUCAAUGGCAUAUACCAUUAUGUAAUUUAUGUUUCAGUGCAAAAUAAAUGUGUACAGUAUAUUCAA